CCAGCAGGUGGCAGCACAUCAACUCCAGCGCGUGUCGUCAAGCUGUUUCCAUGCGACUGUAAACAAUGAACCGAAGGGGGUUUGUCCUCUUUCUCAAACAAAUGUAAAGCUGCUCCCUUUCUGUCGUUAGCUAUAGUUAGAAAUGGCCUAUUCACAGUCCCCUAAGAAGGCUGGUCUACCACGAGAGGUUUUGAAAUGGCUGCAAAGUCUUGAUUUAUCGUUUUUCCCAAAAAACGUGCGAAGAGACUUUUCCAAUGGAUACCUAGUGGCGGAAAUAUUUUCCUGGUACUUCCCAAGGGAUUUUCAUAUGCACUCCUAUGAUAAUGGAGCUUCACUUGCUGCCAAACAAUCCAACUGGUCCCAGAUUGAGAGGUUUUUUGUGAAGCAAAACAUCAGUUUGUCAAAAGAGGUCAUAGAUGGCACAAUCCACUGUAAACCUGGAGCUGCAGAACUUUUUGUGCAAGAGAUUUACACCAUCCUGACCAACAGAAGGAUCCAGACCAUCCAGAGGGUGGAGCAAGACUUCACAGAUAAGGCUUAUCAAGUCCAGUUGCCCAUGGUGGCUCGAGCCACAGCCUCGGUGGCCAUAAAGAGCAACCUGAGUCUCAGUGAGGUUAUAGCUGAACCAAACAUCAUUGCCAACCAGCGCAAGGUCCUUGCGAUCAUACACAGGCACAUAGAACAGAGAAAAGAAGAGAGAACACAAGACCCAAAACGGUUCAACGUUAAGCCCACUCUCGGAGAACAGGCUGUCAGAUUGGCUCCGCUGUUAGCCCACCAGAGCGAGCCAAACCUGCAGAUGAACACCAGUCAAGCGGCUUGUUAAGUUCUUGGCUCUGUCUUCCCAACAAGAGGAUGAGACAUAUGUACAGUGGCAUGUGGCAUUAGAAGCAAAUGCAUUGCGGAUAUUGGAUGCAAAUUAUGAAUCUGUUUAAGGUAGAUGUCUAACAAAGGUCUUCAAAGCACAUUUUAAAAUGCGGCCCUAGAAAUUUGAGUAGAAGAUUCAUUCCCACAAUAAAUAAAAAACAGUCUAACAAGCAUACUCAUCAGUGUGCAGGCUGCUUUUGUUUGUUUGUGUUUGAAUAGAACACAGACUUGAAAAAAUCCUUGUUUAUUAGGUUCUAAAAGUUUGUUGUUCAGGAACAGCUUCAUUAUACAGGUCAACAAAUCUAUUAAAAUGAAAUACAUAUUCGCAUCGGUUAUUCAUGUCACAAUAAUUCAGUGUAAACAGUUAAUAAUUUUCUGAAGAACUACUAGCUCUUAUUGUCGAAUGUGUGAUGAUAUUUAAACUAAUGUUUAUAAAAUAUAAAUUCCUAUUAGCUUGGGUCUUUUGAGCAGUCUGGACAUUUUCCAAAAAACUUCCUUUUUAGUUCCAUGGACUAAAAAGGAGCGCCAUCUGAGCAUAAAUUCAACAUUUAUUGGUUAACCCAGUAGCUCUUAAGCCUACUUCAACCUGUUGUUGUAUCUCAGUUAUCUCUGUAUUGAGAUGGCUCUGUUUUCAUUGAAAGGCACAGCAUUUUCUCUUCCCUCUCCACCCAAGGCCCAGUGCAAAUUAGACAUUCAUUUAGCAAACUCACUGUGAGACAGGCAGGAUUUCGGCAAGUUGCCCAGGUCCUUGUUUACCCCCUCUGCCUCUUUUACUCUCUUUCUCUCCCCCUUGUACACACACAAACACAUAGUGUCACACAGUCUCUUUCAGUCUCACACACUCAGUGCCACUGUCAAACAUAAAGAGUGUAUCUGUUGUGUUACCAUGCAUCUUUCAGACUCAAUUCAUAGCAUAAGGUUGCCAUGGAUAUCUAAAGCAAGCAUACUGCUUUUCAUGAAUGUGCCCAGAAAAUAACUUUUUAGACCGCCUAGUCUCUCUCACGCUCUCUCUGUCUUUCUCACCCUCCUCCCUAUUACAUGCUCAUGCUGUUUUCUGUCUAAAACGGACAUUUAAAAAACAAAUAAUAGGCUUUGUGCAGAAUAAAAUGCCAUGAGGUGCAAAUGGUGUGACCUUGAACGCAGUCAUUUAAUCAUUAGCAUAGCUAAGAUGUUAUUGAAAUCAGUGUUUUCUCUCAUUGAUUUGACAAAUUGACAAACUCCAGUAUUUUAUGGUCGACAAUAAAAGGAAAUGAA